AUGGGAAACCCGGUGGAAGUGAUCCCCGGGUUCUUCCAGCUCACGCUGGUGCAUAACACCGGAAUGGCGUUCGGGCUGCUCGGCGGCGUUGCCUUUCCCGGGAAGGCGUGGCUGCUCACCGCGGUUUCAGCCGGACUGCUGAUCGCGAUCGUGUGGUUCGCGUGGCGCGCCGGACCCCUUUCGAUGAUGACCGUGGUCGGGAUCGUCGCGAUGCUGUCGGGUGCCGUCGGCAACAUCCUGGACCGGGUUCUCUAUGGAUACGUGGUGGACUUCCUCGACCUGUAUAUCGGCAGCGCCCAUUGGCCCGCCUUCAACAUCGCGGACGCGAUGAUCUGCACCGGGGUCGGCCUGCUCGUGCUCGAGAGCGUUCGGGAUCUUCGCCGGGAAUCCGCGGGCACGGGCCAGGAAGACCUGAGCGGCUGA